CAAAGUCAGUCUCUCCGUUGAGACUUAACGACUUGUAAAGCGACCACUGAGCUGAUAAGACGAGGUGUGAAAUACACACUCUUUGUUGGAAAAAUAAGCUCAAACUGUUCUGUGUGAACCUUUCUUAUAAGCGUAAAGUUCUUUCACGGCCUCAAACGUUGUAUCUUCGUUACUGUUUUUCUUUCUGGUCCUAUAUUAUUGUUACUAUGAGAAAGAGUGAAUUUGUAUGUUUCACUGCUCGUCCUUACGUUCACAAAUCAGAAAUUAGGAACAGUUUAAUUUUGGGCAAACGUGCUAAUAAAAGACGAGUUCAACUAAGAUGAAAUUAAGUAUCAUCCUAGUCCUUCUAGUUUACGGUGGAGCAGAUUCUGAGCUCUCCCACUCGUCGAGUCGAACGGGUAGCCAUCGAAACGUAUUUAAACAAGGCCAGGGCUGUCCUAGAUCGUGUCCCUCUCAUCGAUGGCCACAAUGAUUUUGCAAUGUCCCUACGUGACUAUGCAAGGAACCAAGUUGGAGAUCUGGACAUUAAUGAUUUAACCGCCUUGGAACCGUGGGCCAGUUCCCCUUCGUCACACACGGAUAUCAAUAGGCUUCGCCAAGGAAAACUCGGUGCCCAGUUUUGGUCAGCCUACGUGGGUUGCACAACCCAAUACAAGGACGCUGUGUCUAAAACAUGGGAACAGAUUGACGUCAUCCAUCGAAUGGUCGAAGCGAAUCCGACAACCUUCGAGUUCGUUACGUCUGCGCAAGGGAUCGAGGACGCUUUCGCCCAGGGGAAAAUUGGAAGUCUGAUUGGAGUUGAAGGAGGCCAUUCAAUCGACAGCUCAUUGGCCGUUCUCCGUAUGAUGUACGAUAUGGGUGUACGUUACAUGACAAUGACGCAUUCAUGUGCUACUCCAUGGGCCGAUAAUUCGCAAGUGGAUAAUCCAGGCGGUGUAGCUGUUCACGACGGUCUCACACCCUUUGGCAAGACUGUGGUAGCAGAAAUGAAUCGGCUUGGAAUGCUACUUGACUUGUCACACGUUUCACGAAAAACGAUGAGAGACGCAUUGGAAACGAGCACAGCCCCAGUCAUUUUCUCCCAUUCCUCGGCUUACGCGUUAUGCAACAACACCCGUAAUGUUCCCGACGAUAUUUUGCAACUGGUGGCUCUAAAUGGAGGUAUCGUCAUGGUCAACUUUUUCCCGAGUUUCGUCACCUGUAGCUCAACGGCAACCGUUCAAGACGUCGCAAACCAUAUGGAUCAUAUCCGUAAUGUUGCUGGAGUGGAUCACAUCGGAAUCGGUGCUGAUUACAACGGCAUAACUGAAGUACCUGUAGGAUUGAAAGAUGUAUCUGAAUAUCCGAAUUUGUUUGCCGAACUACUUGCUCGCGGAUGGGCGGAAACUGAUCUGGAAAAAAUUGCUGGACUUAAUUUGUUGCGAGUUCUCAGAGGCGCUGAAUCGGUACGCGAUCAGAUGGCAGUUACGGGAGUGAAGCCGUUUGAUGAGUGGAUUCCGCAAGCGGAUCUGCCGGCUGAAUCCUCUACCCUGUAGCACCGGGCAGACAAAGAACGAACAAUCAUCUCCUCAAUGACACAAUUUUCCAAUAAAAUUCAUUUAAAUAUGACAGCACAUUUCAAUUCGAUUAAACAGCUCCGUCGUGUGAAGUUGAUUUGCAUUUAUGCUAACGUUAGAUUAUUAAUAGACUGAUGUGUGCGCCUGUCGUGCACGUAUUUAGCAU